CAUUUUUGGCACUACUAGUUUGCAAUGGAGUUGCCGUUCUUGUAAGUUUCCUAAUCAUACUGCGGGUGUGAAGUUUUAAAUUCCGGUAUUAUGGCAAGUACGCAGUGUCGAGGCAAUGCUGCCGUUGUAGUUUUAGGUGAUAUUGGUCGGAGCCCUAGAAUGGAGUAUCAUUGUUUAAGUUUAUUAGAGGAAAAUUUUAAUGUUGAUGUUAUCGGUUAUGUUGAAACAAACCCUCUAUAUGCUAUUAGAAGAGGAUAUCCGAAAUGUAAAAUACAUGAACUUUCGCCAGUCCCAAUAACGAAUCUAAUACCAAUUUUGAAACUAUUUUUUAAAGCAAUUUGGCAAACUAUAAGUUUAUUAAUUGCAUUAAUGUCUAUCAGACGCCCAGAUUUCUUACUUGUGCAGAAUCCUCCGUGCGUGCCUGCGUUGUUAGUUUGUUAUAUAUAUUCUGCUGUUACACGUUCCAAGUUAGUCAUCGAUUGGCAUAAUUACACUUAUACUAUAUUAGGAUUGUCAGCUGGUGAAAAAAGUUUUUUGUGUGGGAUAGCAAAGCGGAUUGAAAGAUUUUGUGGUCAAAAAGCGAAUGCUAACAUUUGUGUAACAAAGGCUAUGAAGUGCGAUUUACAGAAAAAUUGGAACAUUAGAGAUAUAACAGUACUAUAUGAUCGACCUUCAGCUCGAUUUCACUCCAUUGAUUUAUGUAGGAAACAUGAAAUAUUUAUGAAGCUAUCAAAGGAUUAUCCGCAGUUCCUUCCUAAAUGUUAUUCUGACCUUAAAGAAUGUGGAGUUAUUGAAUCAACGGCAUUUACUCAGAAGCAAGUUAAUGGUAAGGUUGUAUACAAAAAGCAGCGUAUGGCUAUAUUAAUAUCAAGUACAAGUUGGACUCCAGAUGAAGAUUUCAGCAUUUUGAUCAAGGCUUUGAAAGGUAUAUUCUUGUUUUAUUUAAGGUUUUGCUAAAGGCUCGUUUAGUCCGAAUAUAGUAACAAAAACGAAAUCUACAGUGCAAUUUUCGAGAUAUGGGCGAAUAAUGUUUUUUUUACAGACUUAUUGCAACUGAAACUAUAGGAAAGAUUUAUACAUUAAAUUAUAUAAAAUAUGUAUAGUAAAAUAUUUGUUUCAAACAUAUCCGACAAAUUCGGCAAUAUAUUUUGGUAAACAUGUGAGGUACCCACAAUUUUUUGGAAAUUGUUUAAAAAAAUUUAAUUUUAUCUGUAUCUCAUUUAUUGCUAGCUAAGUACAUCAAUUUUUACUUCAGUAUUCAAAAUUACGCAGACUGGGGUCGCCCUUCGCUUCAAACUCGACUUUAGUCUAGGGUGCAGUUGCGUAACUGUAGCCAAUUUUUGUUUUGAAAUUAUUUAAAAACUUGUAAAUUU